CCACAACAAAAAAGAAUACAACAUCUUGGGGGUGGAGGUGGGAGGAAAGAAGCAGCGGAGAUGGAUCCCAUUGCACAGCGCAGAGCGAGGGGCCUUGUUCUGGUCCGUGUGGCUGCCGGAGGUGCAGGUGUUUGCCAACUUCCAUAGGCUCCAGUGAGACUCCUGUAUAUGCGAUCGGUCACUCUCUGUGUUUUUUCAGCCAAACCUUUCUUUUUCUUUCUUUCUUUUUCUUUUCUUUUCUUUUCUUUUCUUUCUUUUUUUUUUUUUUCUUUUUCUUUUUUUUCUUUUUUUCUUUUUUCCCCCUUUCAUUUAUCCAUAAUUAAUGUCCUUUCUUAUUUUAGGAUAAACUGCAUUUUCUUUGUACUGUGUUUUCCUGUUUAUUCGGUACCCCCACCCAUACACAUAGUUGCGGGUUUCUUUUUUUUUUUCUUCUUGCAAUCCUUCUAGGAAUUAUUACUAUAUUGCUGUUAUUACAUUUUUAUGUUGCCAGUUUAGUAUGGUGUAGUGUGCAUGUAGAUGGAGUAAAUGCACAUUAUGUACAUGGGAGAGGAUCCUUACGAGUUUUCUUAAACUCUCCACAAUCAAAGAAAUCUGAGACGUUUCACUGUCACUGCAAGUUUGUGUGCUAAGAAGCAGAGGGAAGAAAUUAAAAAUGUCUUUGUGAUUUGUGAUUUUUUGUUACUGCAGCUGCAUUUCAAGAGGAUGCUUGGGAAAGAAAGGAAGAGGCACCUUUUUACCUCACAAGAGGUUGAAGUAAAAAUUAUGUUAUCAAUGAUGAUAUUUUUUCUUUUCUUCUUCUUUUUUUUUUUUUUUAAUCCAAAAUACCAGUGGUUUUUUUUUGUUUGUUUGUUUUUUAUUUGGUUGGUUGAUUGGUUAGCUUUUUUUUUUUUUUUAGUUGUUAAGAUCUAAAGACUUGCAUUGCUGUAUUGUUGGAGGUAGAAAAUUAUACUUUGUUUACUUUUUUUUUUUUUUUUUUUAAGUUCUUUGGGAUAAAGUAUGCUUCUGGCAUCUUUUUUGGUGAUUAAAAUUAUCAUUUAACAUCUCUAUAUCCAGUUGUGCUCUCUUCCUUGACAUGCCAAAUCACCUUUCGGUGUGGCAGACUUUUUUUCUUUUUUGUAGUGGUGACUUACUUAUUUCCUUUAUUUAAUUAAAUCGUUAAGGGAAAACAUAAUAAAAAAAAUUCUUUAUUAUUAAUUUAUUAUUAAAAAUCCUACACCUUUUCUAUUUGAAUACCUUUAGCGGAACUCUGUUUAUAAGUUUUUUCUUUGCCAACAAGGAUAUGUUGUUUUAUCUCAUAAUGGACCUACCAAUGAAUGUGACAGGUCAUUUUUUCCAGAUGGUCAUCAACUGUGAUACAUCUUUCAUUUAUAUCAAUGUUUCUUAAGGCAAGGCAGAUUGUGGGAUUUUUUUGUGUUUUUUUUGUUUCGGUUUGUUUUGGUUUUUUUUUGGUGUUUUUUUUUUUUUUUUCAGAAAGAAAGUAUGUGAAUGAAAAUAAUUCUAUUUUGGGUAAUUACCAAAGACGUCUAUGUUGUCAUCAUUUUAUUCAAGAUGAAGCCGUCAAGUGCUGAUUUUGCGCGUACUGCUACAAAAUAACUUUGAGAGAUAUUAAGAACAUUCAGACAUACUCUAAUGAGUCUUCGUGGAUCAUAGGCUUCGAUGUGCUUUAGCUAGCUUACAUUGUACUAUGGAGGAGCCCUUCAAUGAUGCAGUGAAAAUAAAUGAAAUGGGAAUUAAAGAGAUCACGAUGCAGACAUCAGAAGCUGGGUCGGAUACAGGUUCAACUGUGACUUUACAGACAUCUGUGGCUGGCCAGGCAGCAGUGCCCACGCAGGUAGUACAGCAAGUACCAGUUCAGCAACAGGUGCAGCAAGUGCAAACUGUACAGCAAGUACAGCAUGUCUACCCAACCCAGGUUCAGUAUGUGGAAGGAAGCGACACAGUCUACACUAAUGGAGCUAUCCGAUCAACAACUUAUCCUUACACAGAAACCCAGAUGUACAGCCAAAACACUGGGGGAAAUUAUUUUGAUACUCAAGGAAGUUCUGCGCAGGUGACAACAGUGGUCUCCUCUCAUAGCAUGGUGGGCACUGGAGGGAUUCAGAUGGGUGUCACAGGAGGACAACUCAUUAGCAGCUCAGGAGGGACCUAUUUGAUUGGCAAUUCAAUGGAAAAUUCUGGUCAUUCAGUGACUCAUACAACACGGACUUCCCCAGCUACAAUUGAAAUGGCGAUUGAGACACUGCAAAAGUCUGAUGGUCUGUCCACUCACAGAAGCUCUCUUCUCAACAGUCAUCUUCAGUGGCUUUUGGACAAUUAUGAAACUGCAGAAGGAGUGAGCCUCCCUAGAAGUACCCUUUACAACCAUUACUUACGACACUGUCAGGAGCACAAGCUGGAUCCAGUCAAUGCAGCAUCCUUUGGAAAACUCAUACGGUCAAUUUUCAUGGGGUUACGGACAAGAAGACUUGGAACUAGGGGGAACUCCAAAUACCAUUACUAUGGGAUUCGUGUCAAGCCAGAUUCUCCUCUUAAUCGACUACAGGAGGACAUGCAAUAUAUGGCUAUGAGACAGCAGCCCAUGCAGCAGAAACAGAGGUAUAAGCCCAUGCAGAAAGUGGAUGGAGUUGCAGAUGGCUUCACAGGAAGUGGUCAACAGACAGGCACAUCUGUUGAACAAACUGUAAUUGCCCAAAGUCAACAUCAUCAGCAGUUUUUAGAUGCAUCUCGAGUACUUCCAGAAUUUGGUGAAGUUGAAAUAUCUUCCCUACCAGAUGGUACAACCUUUGAGGACAUCAAAUCACUGCAGAGUCUUUAUCGAGAGCACUGUGAGGCAAUUCUGGAUGUGGUAGUGAAUCUUCAAUUCAGCCUGAUAGAAAAGUUGUGGCAAACUUUCUGGCGCUAUUCUCCCUCUACUCCACCCGAUGGUACUACUGUUAAUGAACCUAGCAAUCUGAGUGAAAUAGAAAGUCGACUUCCAAAAGCAAAACUGAUUACUCUGUGCAAACAUGAAUCUAUUCUGAAAUGGAUGUGUAACUGUGAUCACGUGAUGUACCAGGCUUUGGUGGAGAUUCUCAUUCCUGACGUCCUUAGACCUAUUCCUAGUGCCUUGACCCAAGCCAUUCGCAAUUUUGCAAAAAGCCUUGAAGGUUGGCUUUCAAAUGCCAUGAACAAUAUUCCACAGAGGAUGAUACAAACCAAGGUUGCCGCUGUAAGUGCCUUUGCCCAGACUCUGCGAAGAUACACAUCUCUAAACCACCUGGCUCAAGCAGCUCGUGCUGUUCUUCAAAACACUUCUCAAAUCAACCAGAUGCUCAAUGAUCUUAACCGUGUUGAUUUUGCCAAUGUUCAGGAGCAGGCUUCCUGGGUGUGCCAGUGUGAUGACAACAUGGUUCAGAGGCUAGAAACAGAUUUCAAAAUGACUCUUCAACAGCAAAGCACUCUGGAGCAGUGGGCUGCCUGGCUUGAUAAUGUUAUGAUGCAAGCCUUGAAACCAUAUGAAGGAAGACCCAGCUUUCCUAAAGCAGCACGGCAAUUUCUGUUAAAAUGGUCUUUCUACAGCUCAAUGGUGAUUCGAGAUCUAACCUUGCGCAGUGCUGCUAGCUUUGGCUCUUUUCAUCUGAUCCGCUUGCUUUAUGAUGAAUACAUGUUUUACUUAGUAGAACAUCGUGUUGCUCAGGCCACAGGAGAGACACCUAUUGCAGUUAUGGGAGAGUUUGGUGAUUUAAAUGCUGUGUCCCCUGGAAAUAUGGAUAAAGAUGAAGGCAGCGAAGUUGAAAGUGAAAUAGAUGAAGAAAUGGAUGAAAAUGGAGAGCCGCAAGCAAAGAGAGAGAAAACAGAGCUAAACCAAGCAUUUCAGGUGGGCUGCAUGCAGCCAGUGCUUGAGAGUGGAGUACAGCAGAACCUCCUGAACCCAAUUCAUAAUGAGCACAUCGUUGCAACUACUCAGACUAUCAGACAGUGCAGUGCUACUGGAAAUACAUAUACUGCAGUCUAAUGUGAAACUUCUCCCCUCCCCCCAUCAUUACAUUAGCCCUUUGGGUUUAAGAGGAAAAAAAAUAAAAGAGAAAAAAAGUCUGAAAAUCGACUGUUGUCAAAUUUCAGCUGUACUGAGCAUUAUUUUAUUGGAGUCAUUAAAUGGUAUGGGUGUAAACAUUUUGCCAGACCUGUUUAAAAAAGAUUUUCUUGUAAACAGGAUCAUUUUACAUUGGCCACUCAAUAUGAAGAGUUUUCUUAUAAUCAAAUGCAAGAAAGAUUUUUGCAAAGCUUGGUGUUAAUGUUUUUGUCCUCUGAUAAUAAUUUAAUUUUUUUCAUAGUUUUUUUUAAAUAUUUUAAUGUUCAUUAUUGGUUAUGGUGAUGAUUUCAUAUACAUAGGUUUUUAAAUAGAUGCACUUCUGUGAAAUAUCAAAAGAACUAUUUUCUUUGAUUUACACUGGAGGCAUACUUAUUUGACAACAGAUGUAUCAAGUUUGUUAUAAAAGGUGCUUUUCCGUGGACAACUAGAAGACACUAUUUUGAUAAAAUUGUGAGUAUUCAGGGGGAUUUUUUGUAAUAAUGUUGAAGAGUUGAGAAGAUAUACUAGUUUCUUUCUGUGAGAAAGAAGCAAGUUUAAAUGGCAGAAUUGUAACAAUGUGAUAAUGUGUACGUACGUAACGAACGUACCUAAUUAUCUGACCAUCAUGUUAAGAAUGCAAGGUUCAUUAAAAAUCAACAGUUCCAGGUAUUAUUUGCAUACCAGUUCCUCUGUUUUGAAGACUACUGAUACUAAAUGUGGUGCCACUGAACAGGUACUUUUGGCUGUUGAGUGGGACUGUAGUUGUUAGAAGCUGAAGCUGAAAAAGAAGUGACUUAAUUAUUGCUGUUAAUUUUUAAGUGUACAUGCUACUUAAGCUGGACUGGACAUACAGGAAAAUAUUCCAUUUGGAUGACUUUCUUCUAUUCCAGGUCUUUUCGUAUUAGUGGUUCAAUCUGCUGCUCUUAGAAAAGAUAAUUUAUAGAAUGCAAGGAAUGUAGCAACCUGCAUCAUUUUCCUUUCACAAAAAUAUUUCCUUGUUGUUACAGUGGAUUUAAACUUCUACAAAAAAUUAGGUAAGGCAGUGUAACUGGCACACCUCACUUUUACUUAUUCCCAGUUGUGUAGAAUUUGAAUAGGUGGCUAGAUGGACCAUUGCCAUUUAAGAAUGUACAUCAGGGAUCAUUGUACCUCGGCUAUUACAUGGUGCCUUAAACAGAACUGAAGCUAAGACUUAGUACUUUUUGUUAUUCUUAACUCUUAAAUUAAUUCAACAAGGUGUGCCUGUCAUUUUCAAAUUCCCUAAGAAGUAAGGACAGGUUACAUAGCCUUCAAAAUAAUAAAAUGAUUUUUUAUUAUUAAAUGAUUUUAAUAUCCCUCUUAGAAUGACAAUAAACCUAUUUUUUCUUGUUUCUAGCUGGAUUUCACUUUAUUACAAAUAAAAUUUGCUUGGGAAUCUGGAAGGCAAAACUAGCUUUAAUACCACAUUCAGAUGUCAAGAUAGAUUGACUAUAGUCCCAAGCAUGAUUAUAUAUAUUUUUAGACCCAUGUCUACUUCUAAUUUUAAAAGGUAAAAAUGAAUAAAUGAGCAGGUACACAAUGCAGUGCAUGUUUUCAAUUUGUAUGUUUUGUGGGGUAUCAGCCUGAUUUUACAUUUUAAUGGCUCGAUCUCGUAUUGACAGUUUAUAUAAAGCAUACAUUAAUUGCCAUUUUUAUUCUUAAAUAUUUCAUUAUGCAGACACAUGAAUUUGCCACGUUAUAUAGGGCAUUGAGUAAGAAAAAAAGAAAAAAAAAGAAAAAAAAAAAGCCAAAAAGUGAAGGAGAGCACAAAAACAUCAACUUUAUACAAAUGACUGUGUAAAAAAAAUUAGAGGUUCUUUUGGCUUACCUACAGUGUCUGUGACAUGACUUUAAAGUAAUAUAUACCAAAUGGGAGAAGAAUAGCAAAAUUAACAGUGUAUUUAUAGCAAAGGAGUUUGUUGCUAUAGAUUACAUGUGCUCCAAAUACAGCUACAUAUCAACUAAAAUGUCCUAACAUUAUUGGUGUGCAAAAUUAAAUUUAACUUCCUUUUAAAGAGUUGGGAGGUAAACCCAUCCUGCUUACUCUGUGUAGGCAUAAUUCCUGCUUGAUGUUAAUAAAUGGCUUUCACCUCAGUAAGAAGAGAAAGUGAGGUUUAUAUUCAUUAUUUCUAUACUCAUAACUGCACUGAAUCUCAUUAUAGAUUUUGCUCUCACAUAUAUUGCUCAGUGUGUCCUGAUUAAUCCUUGGAAAUCAGCGUAGAUGUACCCUUCACCAAAAAUCCUAAAACUAAGCUGUGAUAAAUAUUUACUCCCCUUCAUUGUGCAUUAUAAGAUGUUUACAAUUAAAAUAAAGUGAAAUAAUUCAAUUUUUUUUUCAUUUUAAACUUUUUUAAUACUGUAGUACUUCAUUCAGUUUUUGUCUUGGCAAACCCUAUAAUGUUUUCUUACUGUCUUAUUGAUUUUAAUGUUGUAUUUGUUGUUGCUGAGAAAAGAGAAUGAUUGUAAUAGGUAAAUUUAGAUUGCUGAAAGAGGUGGGACCUGAGUAUCUUUAAUUAUUCCGUUUCCCACUCCCAUCCCAGUUGUUCACUGUUCACAAAGUGAAAAAAAAAAAAAAAAAAAAAAAAAAAAAAAAAAAAAAAAAGAAGAAAAAAAAAAGAAAAAAAAAAAAAGAAAAAAAAAGGAAAGAAAAAAAAUAGAAAAAUUAAUACAAAGAUAGAAUGUAUUUCAUAGCUUCUACAAACAAUGAGUUAUCAAAACAAACUGGAACUAUCCCAGAUUGAGAAAAUUAAAUGGCGUCUGUAUUUCUAUGCUUAUCAAUUGAUUACUUUUUGGAAUUUAAAUUUUUUUUUUUUUUUCCUCAUACUUGUUUUCUUACAAGAUUUUUAGAAGAACUAAGUUGCUGUAAGCUAGUUUGUAUAGUUGCAGGUUUGGAGGUCUUGUGUUUUUAAAUUUAAUGAAAUUUUAAUCAAACACAGGUAAAACAUUUUGCACACUUCUGCUAUCUUUAAUAGUUGGGUUUUAGUAAUGAUUAAACUACAGAGAUAUGAAUACCUCAGUCCAGAUUCUAUGAUGCGCAGCAUGUGGUUGGCACACCAGCUCUGAAGUCUGUUGCCAGUGCUCUGGAGAGGUUUAGCAUUUAUCCACAGGGUAGACCUUAUGAGGGCUGAUAGUGGUUUAUGUGAAAUGGAAUUCAAAAUAACUAUUAAAAGGCAUUUUCCCUGUCAGCACAAAUAUCACAGUGAACAGUGUAGGGGAAUGGGUAUUGUUAAACUACCUUUUCAAAGCACAGGGCCCAAUUUUCAAAAGUUUUAUAUUUAUGAUGAUUUGCUGGUACAUUCCCAAUUUUUUUCAUGGUAAAUCAGUUUCAAAGCUUUUGUUUUUCUUUUCUGGUUUCAGUUGUUAUUUUUGUGUUUUACUCAUGUACUGUAGCAUGCUAUAAGCACCUUCUUUUAAAAAGACCUCCCUAGAAAGCUGGAAAAUAGAUUUUAAAUUAUUUACCCAUACAGUAAUGACUUACAGAAUUACAGCCUUUAGUUCAUAAAUAAGAAAAUAGGUGAUGUUCUGGUGUACUGUCAUUCAGGAAUGUAUAGGCAUAUAUACAAAUUUAAUUCAAAGCGAGGUAUUCUAAAAUAUCUAAAACCUCUUUUUUCAUCUUUCCUUUUUCUCCUAAGAGACAUGAUAUCUUUCUGAAUAUCACUAAUUGACACCUGCACUGUUUAGAAAACCUUUUAGAUUUAGAAUCACACUGGAUUCAAAUCAGAAUGGUUUUACAGAACGAAAGUAAUCAUUUUAGCUAUAAAAGCAGGGAAGGAAAAAUAGAUUUAUCAAUGAUGUAAGUAUGACCUACAAGAGUAAUUUUAGAGUUUAAAACAUUCAUUUGAGAGAACAGCAUGAAUUUCUGAAAAUUGGGCCCUUGUCUCUCUAACGGGACAUCCUCUGUGUAUAUGGUUUAAAAUCAGUAACUGGAAUUGUAGUAUCUCUGCUAAUUUGUUUGGUGAUUUAAGAGAAACAAACAAACAAAAAAACUGGAAUAGGAGCAUAAACACACAGUGCUUAUUUCUAGUAUUAUAAAAUUAAUUUAACGUAAUGCCUUGCAUUAACCCUUUGAGCAUUGUAAGUCAUAUGAUGAGAAUAAAGCAUUUUAGGUCAUUUAUUCAGUCCAUUUAUCAUACACUUCAAAAUAGCUGAUUGAUGGCAUUGUAGAUUAUUAUUACUUUUUUAUAUAAUUCUAAAGUAGAUACUUGCUUACUAUACAGGAAUGGUUUUGUGAUAGGUUCCAUAGAUUUAGCCAAAUAUUCACUGCCAUUGAUGUGUAUUGCCUAAUGGAAAAUAGUUCUUCAUCUCCCUUGUUUUCAUAAAUGCAGAAAUACGUGAAGAAAAUCAAAUGUGUUUCUAUGGACAUUAAGUUGUCUAAUAUGAUGCCUUUAGAAGAUGAAGGUUUAGGAAAAAAAUACUUAUCCUUUUUUGAAAAUCUCCUUAGGUAGGCUAGCAUGGAAUACUCCAAUAAUGUAAAAGAGAAUCAUUAGAAAUUAAACGCUUAGCGAAAAAGAAAAAAAUUACAGAAUAUUUGGUAUGUUUACACUGAAGUUUUCUGCCAUCUUUUUCUUAAACCAGAACCCAAUUAUACUCCUUUUAACAUUCAGUCACUGCAAUAAUAACUAAGGCUAAGGUGAAGGUUUUUGACUCAGUUUCAUCUGCAGGGGUGCAAGGGAUGGCCCUUACUGAACAUGAGAAUUUUAACAGCAGCCUAGAAACUGCACCAGCCUUUUAACAUGUUAAAAAGCCCCUUAGAUCUUACAAACACUGCUUAUAAGAGCAAGGGAAUGAGUGUAGUAGCAAGUACAGAUUCUUUGACAUUAAAGAGAGAAAUGCCACCUUACUAAGUGAGAGUACUGUAAAUUUUCUACAGGUUUCUUGCAGUAUCAGUCGCAAACACUACGUGCAGCUGUACUUACUGAAGUCUAUCUGAGGGCAAAAAAACACAAAAGGUCUCAUUUUAAGUUAUUUAAUGCAAUUACAUCAGUAGUAUAGUGCAAGUAAGCUGUAGACAUUUUUAGUCAGUUAUUGCAAAUUCAUGCAGAAUUAAUUAUCAUAAAUGCAAUACUCAAAGGGUUUUAAUUUAACAACUUUUUAAUUCAUAAUUUAAUGUAAAUGCUUCUGAGUUUGCAUGCCUUGAUCAUUGCUGCUAGUGAUUUUAUGUGCCGGUAGACCUGAGUUUAAUUUACCAGUUUAACUUGAGAAAUAGUAAAAGCCACUUACAAAGUGACUGCCUAGUGUUUGUUUGAAGUAAAAUAUGCCUUAGUUUGAAAAUGAUCAUGUUUUAUUACUUUUCCUUUCCUUUUCCUUUCGAAAAAUAAAUUAACAUUUUGGGAUUGGAAGCCCUGAGUAGUUAAAUAUUUGGUAAGAAUUGUUCUUGAAGAUUUCUCACUAAGGGUAAAAUUUACGGUAGAAAAUAAGGCCCAGAACAAGACUACUAGCAUCAAAUGAGCCUCACUUAAAUCUAAAUCGGGAUCUUUCUAUCCUUAUGCACUUUCUUGAUUCGGGUGCAAACAUCUUACAAGAGUUUUCAGUUCUGGAUGAAUUUUACUCUGAAACAACAGAUGUCUUUGCUAGAGGAGUUUAGGAUUCGGAGGGACAGACAACCUCACGUGGAUUGGUAUUUACCAGGAACUCACUUCGGUUCUUUUUGACUCGCUGAUGUCACCAGGAGCUUUAAGAAUACUAAAGGGUUCCCCAAAUGAAGUUUUCUUUGAUACAAUAUUAAUGUGUUUGCCUUGCAUUGAAACAUUAUAUCCAUCUUAACACAACCCAAUUAAGCAAUUAAAAGGAUGCCAGAAAUAUAUCACUUUGUACCAAAGCAAGUUGCCCAUCUCCACUCAUCUUCACUCGAAAUUUGGAUUUACAGUUAAUAACCAAUGAGGCUGUUAAAGAAACUUUGAGUGCCUUUCAAAAACUUAGAAAAUUGUGCCUGAGGUGGUAAACUUUAAUUAGGUUAAUUCUAGAGCUACCAAUCAGUAAUUUUGUCAUCGCUCAGGGCUUUCUUACCUUCUAGGAAACUUCCAUUGUUGCAUUUAUUUUAUAGUGUAUUUUUUUAAGUGCCAUCGUUUAAAUUUCACUUAGUAAGUGGCAGAUUACAUUGUUCAGUCCCACAGCACGGAAACAUCAUAACACUAGGAUAGAUUCAAACUUUUAUUUUCCAGUUGACUGAAUAUAUUAUGUAAAUGAGGUAAGCGACUUUUUUGUAGAUUGUAUGUGUGAGAUAAUGUAAUGUUCUUUUCCAGUUUUUGGACUACAGUUGAAUAUACUUUUUAAUUAUUUAAAGAAGACAUCUUUACAGAAUAACGUGAUGGUUUUUUUGUAUAAUGUAUUUGAUUUUGUAAAUACGUAUUUCCUGAUGUGAUUUUUGUGAGAAAUGCUAAAUCUUUUAGUAUAUCAUGUCCUCUCAAAACUGGCAGGAGCUAAAUAAUAGUUUGUGGGCAAUUUGUAUUGUGUACUGUACAAUAACUGGGGAACUUUUAUAAUUAUAAAAAUAUAUAUUAACUUUUAGUGUGUUGUUUAAAAAAAUGACUGGAACAUACUAAAGACAGUAGGAUUUUUCUGAAUAUUUCAGACUUGAACUCAGGCUAGCUUUUUGUGUUUUUCAAAACAAAAUUGUGUCUUGUCUUUUAAAAUCAAUAAAUUUGUUUUCUUGUUACAAACA